AUGGACUCCAUGUUUAUACAAAUCUUGGCUUUAGUCAUCCUGUGCUAUUUGUGUUAUGGUUCAUCUCUAAAUGGAAGUUUCGUGUUCGAUGAUACGGUGGCCAUAAAGCAGAACAAAGCCAUUGCAAAAACACCAACAAAUUAUACAGCUAUAUUCAUCAGUGAUUUCUGGGGUGCCCCGAUAACCAGUGAAGAUUCUCACAAAUCAUAUAGGCCACUGACAUCGCUGCUAUUUCACUGGGAAUGGAUAAAGUGGCAAAUGCAACCCAAACAUAUGAAAGCCAUUAACUUGGUGAUCCACAUUUUUAAUAGUGUUUUAAUUCUAUUGGUUCUUCGUGAGUUUAAAUUUCAAGAAUCUCCUUUAAACUCCAAGUCAGUUGAAAGGGUCGCUUUUAUUGCUGCAAUUCUUUUUUCUAUACAUCCCAUACAUACGGAGGCUGUAUCUGGUAUCGUUUCAAGAGCAGAUUUAAUGUUUUGUUUGAUGUAUCUUAUGUUUUCAUGUCUAACCUUUGUUGGUGUUUUAUUUAAAGAAUCUGCAAUAACAAUACCGUUGGCCUGUGUAUUUCUUUCGUAUGUCCUGAAAGGCUACCACACCUUGGACUGCAAGCAACAAAUAAAAUCAAUAUUUUCGUUGGAAAAUAUAUUUUUUGCUUUUACGACUUUGAUAAUAGCAGUAUUUCGCCUUUGGAUAGCUGGUUUUACAAGUCCAACAUUCCGUAAUGCCGAUAAUCCGGUGGCCCAUGCAGACAGCCUGAAAACUAGAAUAUUUUCUCAAAAUUAUUUAUAUUUUUAUAAUCUAAAAAUACUCGUUGAUCCAUCCGAAUUGUGUUUUGAUUGGUCCUUUGGUUGUAUUCGAUUGAUUGAGAACAUCAAAGAUGUUCGCUUGAUUUUGAUAUUGGUGAUAUAUGUUUUAUUUAUGAUCGUGCUAUUAAAUUAUAAAGAAAACUGUCCAACCUUUGUGGCCUGUGGUCUUAUGAUUAUACCCUUUUUACCAGCAUCGGGAAUUAUUAAGGUGGGUUUCGUUAUUGCUGAACGGGUAUUAUAUGUUCCAUCAAUAGGAUUUUGUUAUUUAGUGGCCUAUGGUUUGGUUUGCCUCUAUGAUUGUGAGCAUUUUCAUAAACAUUUACAUGUGGGUUUUGGUAUUGUAAUAGUGAUUUUCAUAAUGCGCUGUAGGCAACGCUCCGCCGAAUGGUUAACCGAGGAGAAACUAUUUUCCUCAGCCUUGGAUGUGUGUCCCAAUAAUGCAAAGGUACACUACAACAUUGCCCGCCUUGCAACAGAUAUGCACAAUUACCCCAAAGCAUUUGAACACUAUCACAAAGCCAUUGAACUAUCACCCGACUAUGAUGCUGCCCUUAUGAAUUUGGGUAAUUUAUAUCGUGAUCAGGGUGACCUAACAAAAGCAGAAAAAUAUCUACUGUCUGCAUUGGAAAUAACACCCACCUUUGCCACAGCAUGGAUGAAUUUGGGUAUUGUCCAGGCGGCCAAAAAGAAAUUCCCCGACGCCUUAAAAAGUUAUCAGAAUGCUUUAGCACAUCGUAAAAAUUAUGCCAAUUGUUAUUAUAAUAUGGGUAAUCUCUUCUUAGAGCAACAACUGAAUACAAAAGCCCUAAAGCACUGGGAAAUGGCAGUGGCAUUAAAGCCCACUCUACGUCAGGCAUGGACAAACAUAUUAACCAUGUUGGAUACACAAGGAAAAUAUGAUAAAGCAUUAAAGGUAUCCGAUGAGGCAUUAAAGUAUCUUCCCAAUGAAUCGUCGAUAAUAUUUUUACGUGCCAAUAUUUAUGGAAAACUUGGUCGUUAUGCGGAAGCUGAGCAGCUAUAUAAACAGGUUGUGAUCAAAGAGCCACUUAAUUAUUUAUAUCAUACAAAUUUAGCUGUAUUAUAUCAUCGUUGGAAUCGUAUAAACGAUGCUAUAGAUUCAUAUAAAAGAGCAUUAGAUGCGGAUCCGAAGCGAGCAACAACGGCAAGAGAUAAUUUAAAUAAA